AUGCGCUCAGAUUCUCCAUUGACACCCAACGGCGUGGAAAUUGAGCAGUUUAUGUCGCCCCAAAGUUUCCGGCAAACGAAUCUGACAAGUCAGCUAGUUUCAACCACCACACAUCCCGACGCUUACCUGGAUUUAUUGAUGCCAUUUGACGAUGUCAGCUUCAUCACUCCAGAGCGGCUCAACUGCACCACUCAUUUGAACCCGGACUCGAGUAGUGAAGGUAUCCCCAAAAGUAUCUUCUCACAGAGCGCUUCCAUCGGAAUGAAUAAUACACACUCUCGAUCUGUGUCACAAACUCGCACGGCGCACGAAACCCACAUGCGUUUCAGAUGCGGUGGAAUGGUUCAACCUUCUCUAUGGCGAUCGCAACGCUCAGCUUCUCCAGGCCAUCAUGAUACCCCCUCCUCGAUCGCUAAAAUAAAUUGCGAGACGGAAUCAGAUCUUCAAUUCAUCGGUAUCUCUGACAGUCACCUUCUGGAGAUGGAUGAUUAUGCCCAUGUGCCGAACCUGAAAUCUGAAAGUCCAAUAUUACAGAACAUGUUUGAUUUCAUUGGCCAAGAACAGCACCGUGUGCUGGGAACAACUGAAUCAGAAAUCCCGAAUUUGUGCGAUGUAAAAGCCAUCAAUACUUUCAUUCAACUCUAUUUUGAGUUUUUCCACCCCCGAUUCCCCAUGCUCCAUACGUCGAGCUUUCACGUGUUUAACACCAGUUGGAUAAUAGUUCUCGCAGUUGUUGCGAUUGGUAGUCGAUACUCGAGAAUCAGACAAGCCCAACAGUAUGCCAACCUCUUUGGGAAGUUUCUCAGGCAUGCGAUUGCGUCCCUGGGGAAAGACGAAAUUCAACAUACGCUCCGUGUACCAUUUGUCCAAGCGAUCAUUCUUAGUCAGAUAGACAUGUCAUACAGUGGUACAAAGACUCUCUACCUCCAGUCUCAGUUCCAGAGGAACAUGGUGGCUACCUUGUGUCGUGGUCUUGGGACUGGGCUUUCAAGGGGAUAUGUCACCCACACGAUUCAAGAUCGCCAUCGGGAUACUGAACCAUACUACAAGUGGCUGGGCCGAGAGCUAGCUGUUCGUGCAGUGCAUUGUGGAUGGCUUUUCGAUUGCCAGUUGAAUCUGAACUGUGAUGUCACAGCAAUAAUGAGUCUGGAUGGCUUUGAUAUUCCAUUACCAUGCCAUGAGGAUGUUUGGAAUAUGACUGAAAGUCAAUGGAUAGAGGCCUUCCAGAACGGGAAUCCUCAGAGUAUUCCGGAAUCACAUCAUAUGUAUGAAACAUUGACUUUAAUCACACAGGAUAGCGAAAAUGUCCCACCAAUUGGCGACUUUUCGCGACUCCUUGCAAUGAUGGCCAUAUAUCAGCAAUCUCGAGUGAUCAUGGACGCUUCAUUUAUAAUGACAGAUACCAUCCAGACAUCCCGCUCGCAGAGCAUCCUUGGGGUUUCUAUAUAUACCGGAUGGAGAGAUAUCGCUAUAGAGACCCUAGGGCUGCUGGGCCAGAGCUCAAAGAGCUCAGUGUUGUCGGACGUGUAUCACCACCUCAUGAUUGUUCUUCACAUCCCACUCAAGAGCCUUUGUACUGUUGCGGGCUGGGCAUCUACCGAAGACGCGAUCCUUGCGUCAAAGAAAGAGCUAUCUGCGUGGAUGGCUGAUAAUCCCCAAGCUGCUCGAAAAACGGUUCUUCAUGCUGCUAUCUUGUUCAAGUCUCUCCGUUCGAAGCCAUUGAUUACGUACACUGACGCUCAUGACCUUUUGGCUGCUACUCUCGCUAUAUGGGUCUACGCAUUGCUUCAUAUAACAAGAUCUGACGAUACGCUGACCGGUCCAAUCAUCUAUCUCGAUCGCCAUAUGAACGAAGACCAAAAGAAAUCUUGGAUAUUUGAUUCGAAUGAGGAUUCCCCUCUGCAUAUAUCCGGUGUUGGCUGUAUCCUCAAAAAUUUCGCAGCCACGCGAGUGCUGUUUGAAGCGAAGGGUUGCUUAGCUCGGCAGAGUCACUUGUGGGGGACAUACAACCAGAUUAUGACUGUUUUUGAAGUGAUGGCUUCCUCUGGAACUGCAAUUAGCUUGGAUUAA